CCGGGCGCUGGUGGUUCGCGGUAACUGGGCUGGUUUUCCAACUGAUGGGGGUUUGCUCUAACCCGGCCUUGGGGGUUUGCUCUUGGGGUGUUUGAGUAUCUCCGGAUAGAAGCCGUGUGUGGUUUGGGUUCCUUAGGGUAUCUCUGUGAGGGGCCCACCAGCUGACACUGUGUGUGAGGGUCCCGACCACAGCUACCUCUAGUAUUUCAGGGUCUUAAUUUGAGGAGGCUGUGAGGCACCAGUAAGGGGUUUUCUGAAAGAGCAGGAGGAGGGGGCCGUUAGUAGGGGCUGGUUGGGGGAUGUGGCGCCCUCAGCAGGGACCUUGAAGGGACUUGAUGGUUCAUUCUGGUGUGGGAGUUUGCUUUCAUUAUGGGGAGUGUAAUCGAUACGUCCAGUCUUUGUGCAUAGGGCGUUAUAGUGGCCACCCAAGAUUGAGGCAGUGGAGUGCAGUGGUUGAGAGACUGAACUGGAGUUGGGCAGAAUUGGAUUCAAAUCCAGCGCAAAUCCAAACUGACUAGCGGUGUAACCUUGGUAAAGUGCCAGUAAUCUGCUUUCCCAUCUGUAAAAUGGGGAUAGUAGUAAUAUCCACCUAACAGGAUUGCUGUGAGGAUUAAAAGAGAUGAUGCCUGCCCUGCAGUUUGCUUGACAAGUCUAGUGCCUGGCACAUAAUUAGUGCUUAAAAAGUGAUCGUGUGGUGCCGUUAUUAUCGUUAAUAAUAACACAAUUUGGGGAAUAAUGGCCAAGACUGGCCUCCCAAUGGACCUGGCCCAAGAGGCUUUUGGAGUCCACGUUGUUGCUGGAGCCAUGGGUCUCACCUUCUGGUAGGAAGGCCUGACAGCUCUGAACUGCAUCAGGUCUCAGGCUCCUGAUUGGAGAAUGGGUAGAAGGAAAUGGACGAGAACCUGAGUAAGAACCUUCAGUGUUUCUUCAGCUCUGCGAGGAACAGGCUGCUGCUUUUAGUUAGCAGGCCUUAAUUGAAAGGUGACCAUGUAAUUUAUUGUGCAAACCAGGAUGCUUCUAAGGGCACUGUUGAUAUUUAUGCUGGGACAGCAGGCGUGAACAGGUCCUAUCUUGGGCAAACCUGGAAAAGUGGUUAUGCUGUUUGUUGAGAGCCUACUGUAUAUCAGGCACAGAGCAAGGCCUUUUCAGCUGCAACCUGAUUUCAUCCUUUUGGUAGUUUUUUAUUCUCUAUCUUACUGUAACUACCCCAGCAUAUUGGGGUAUUGCCUGUCACCUGGAUUGUUGAGGCCUCCUUCACACCUCCAAUAGUCCUUUAUAUUAUAGCCUAAAAACUCUUAAAAAUGUAAAUCUGCUUUUGACAGUCUGCUGCUUUAUGCUUGUUAGUCCUUCUCAUUGCCCUUAAGGUAAAGUCCAUUAUCACUCUCUCAGACAACUCUUCUCAAGACGGUGCUGCUGGUCAAGUACUUCGGCUUUGGGACCCAAAGUAGUCUGGAUUUCAAUCCUAGUUCUGCCACUUAACAGCCCUGGGACCUUGGGCAGGGCAUUUGCACUCUGUGAGCCUCAGUUUUCAUCAUCUGUAAGAUGGGCUGGUAUAAAUCCCAGGGUUGGUAUAAAGAUUAAAAUGAGUAUGAAGGGGCCUAGCCCAGUGUGCGACCCAGAUCAGCAAAUGUCCUCCCCUCCCUUCUCUCCUCGCCGUUGCAGGACCCAGGAAACACUCCUGGGUCUCUUACUAAUCUCUUACUUCCCUGCUUCAGACCCCCACUGACUACUCUCUGCCCUGAGGGUAUAGUUUUUUAAUACAGCUUCCAAGGGUUUCAUAAUCUGGCCCUGUCUUCCUCUCUAGCCUCCUCUACGCUUACUCUCCCUACCCUGACUUCUCCCCACACUGCCAAACUCUUGGUUACGAAUGAUCUUGCCUUUUCCUUUCUUGCUGCUAGGCCUGUGUGCUUGCUGAUCCUGCUGCCUGGAUUGUCCUUCCUUCUUCCUUUUGCCUUAUCAACGCCUGUUUUUUUUCAGGUCUCAGUUUAGAUGUCGUUGCCAGGAAGACUUCAUUGACAUUUCCCCAUCCCCACCUGGGCCUUCUACUCUUUUAGGCAGUCCCACCCAUAAUUUACCCUAUCCCAGGCCUUAUUUACUUCACGGAAUUUUACUGACCAGCACUAUGCACUGGAAACAUAUGUGAGCUAUAUAUGUAACUUAAAGUUUUCUAGUAGCCACAUUAAAAAAGAAACAAGUAACAUUAAUUUUAAUAUAUUUUAUUUAACCCAACAUGUACAUAUAUUAUCAUUCUAACUUGAAAUCAGUAGAAAAAAUUAUUAAUGAGAUGUUACAUUCUGUCUUACUAAGUCUUUGAAAUCCAGUGUGUAUUUUACACUUAUAGUACUUUGCAGUUUGGACUAACCACUUCUCAAGUGCUCAUUGGCCACAUAUUGCUGGUGGCUCCUGUACUAGGCAGCACAGUUAUCGACUGUUAAAUGGCCCGUCUCCUAUAUUAUCCUGUGACCUGUUUGAGAAUAGGGACUGCAUUUUAUAUAAACCAUGGCGGUUUAGUGGUUAAGUGCUACAGCUGCAAACCAAAGGGUUGGCAGUUCGAAUCCGCCAGGCACUCCUUGGAAACUCUAUGGGGCAGUUCUACUCUGUCCUAUAUGGUUGCUAUGAGUUGGAAUCGACUCGACGGCACUGGUUUUUUUUUUUUAAUACAUGUAAUAGGGGUUCAGUAACUGCUUGUUGAAUCACCGAAUAAACAAUGCUCCUUUGAGGUGACAGUGUAAUCCCCCUUUUGCAGUUGAGGACACUGAGGCUAAGAGUGGUGAGCUUUCUGGAACCAGACAAAAAGUACAUGAUCGAGCCAGGACUCAAACCCAAACUUAAUGACUCUGAAGCUGGCUUUUAGUACUGUGUCCUGCCCUCCAGUGAGUUCUCGGAACCUAUCCUGACUGAGGAUUCUGGUUGAAUUUUAUGGAGCGGGUGACACGUGAACUAGCUUUAAGGAGUGGCAGAAAUGUCCUGAGAGACAGAAUCUCCAUUAUGUGAUCACAGUGGAAGAGAAAAAUCCCUCGAGUAAAAUCACUUCUUUUUAUUCUAAUAUGCUGCUUUCUGGAAACUCUGGUGGUGUAGUGGUUAAGAGCUACAGCUGCUAACCAAAAGGUCGGCAGUUUGAAUCCACCAGGAGCUCCUUGAAAACCCUGUGGGGCAGUUCUACCCUGUCCUGUAGGGUCGCUAUGAGUUGGAAUCGACUCAACGGCAAUGGGUUUUUUUUUUUUUUUUUUUAGCUGAGUACCUUCUGAUUGGUAGUUUCUAGCCCCAGUUUUGAAGACUAAAUUGGAAUCCAGUUUGUCUUCAGACAUUUGUUGCAUUAGGUCAGUGUGCAUCAUUCUGUCUAAACUUGAUCGCCUUUGGGUGACCCAAAGAGCUCUGGGCUUGUUAAAUUUAAGCCCAGGUCUUGAGGUCAUGGGACCUCACCCAGACUAAGACCCUUUAUUAUUAAGUCCUGCCUGGUGAUGUGGAAGGAUUUUGACUGGGUCUGAAUCCUGGUUCUGCCAGUCACUAGAUGUGAUGCUUUGAGUAACUUAUUUCAUCCUUCCGAGCCUCAGUUUCUUAUCUGUAAUAAUACCUCGCUUACUGGGGUGGCCCUGAGGAUUAAGUGAAAUUGUGUAGAUUAAGUGCCUGACACUUACUGGGAUAUGCAUUAAACGCUAGCUGUUUUUAUUAUACUGUUCGAUUCAAUGGCAGUGUUUUUUUUUUUUUUUUUUUAAUUACCAUGUCACAGUGUUUCCCGGACAGAAUCCUCUGUGCCCACAGCCCUGGGUACAUCCCUUUGUUUUCAUGCCCAGGACUCUGCCUCUGCCCAACUCUGAGCUCCCUGAGGCCUGGGCCCAGGCUUGUUCAUUCAUGUGUUCCUCCAGCCUGACCAGUACAGAAUAAGGGGUCAUUGAGUAUUUGCUGUCUGCUUAGUGACAGACCAAAAAGAAAAUGUUUUCCUGUAAGCACGGUUUGUACUUUCUCAGGCAAAGAGUGCAUUUGUGGACUUUUGUAGAAGGAGGCUGGGAAAGAGAAUGGAAUGUCUGGUGAAGGCUGAUGGUGGUGGGGGCUGACCUUGGAUUGGGGGUACCCCUAAGCUGUGAGGUUUGAGGAGAGAGCUCCUAUCACCAGUGUAAGCUCAGGGUGGUGAGUGUCCAGCUUGUUCCCUGUUGUACCUUUAGCACCUAGAACCAUUUCUGGCAUGUAGUAGAGGCUCAACCAAUAUUUGUUGAAUGAGUCAGUUUUGCUCAGUGAUGUUUGAACAGAUAGUAAACGUAGACUCCAUCUUUAACAGUGAAAUGCUGGGUUAUAAUCGCUUCACUGUCAGAAAGUGCACACACACAGUAUAAACUGGUACAGUCUUUCUGGACCACAAUUUGGCAGUAUCUAUUAACAUUAAAAAUGUGCCUAUGCCUUUUUUUUUUUUAACAGCUUAAAAAAAAAUUAACAGUUUUACGGGGCUAUAAUUUACAUGUCAUAAAGUUUACUUAAAGUUCAUUUAUACUAUUCAGUGGUUUUUAGUAUAUUUACGGAGUUGUGCAGUCAUCACUGUAGUCUAGUUUUAGAACAUUUUCAUCAUUCCAAAAAGAAACCCCUUAUCCAUUAGCAUUCAUUCUCCAUUCACCCACUUGCCCCCUCACCUCAGUCUUAGGCAACCGUUAACCUACUUUCUGCCUCUAUAGAUUUGCCUAUGCUGGACAUUUCAUGUAAGUGAUACAUUACAAUAUGUGGUCUUUUGUGAGAUUCAUCUAUGUUGUAAAUGUUUCAGUACUUCAUUCCUUUUUAUUGCCAAAUAGUAUUCUAUUGCAUGGAUAUUACAUACAGUGAAUUACUUACUAUGGCCCUUUUGGCCAUGCAUGGUCUUGUGACUCCAGAAAUGAUUGGGUGGGACCGUACAAAUGAGGUGCUUGUGGCCCACCAAGAGGAUUGGACAGCAUUACUAAUAAUGCAAAUAAGGUUCAUGGGACCCCUGUGGGGGUGGGACAGUGCAAAUAAGGUGUAUGGAACCCUAACGAGGGGGUUGAUCAGUUUUGCCAUCCUGCUAGACUUAAAAACGAGCAAAUCCCAGAGCAGAGGCGCACCUCAUAUCAUCAAGAAAGAAGAGCCAGGAAUGGAGCAUUUCCUUUGGACCCAGAGUCUCUGUGCUUAGAACCUCCUAGGCCUAGGAGAUAGAGCUGUAACACUGAAGAAGGUGUGAGAUGGCGAGAAGCACAGCAAGUGUGACAGAGAAAUGGCAGCAGCAGAGCCAGGGGACUGGCAAGAGACAGCAUGGUGGGCUUCCCAGCAUUUGGAGCAAGGUGGCUACAAUGAAUAGGCUGACCAAUGGAGCAAAAGAGCUGAGCGCCUUUAGGCAGGAGGCUUCCUGGUGGAGUGGGGUGCCUCAGGGCACUUAUUGAUGGAGCUAGGCUCACUGACCCAUGGAGCAAGAGAGCUGAGCACUUUCAGGCAGAAGGCUUUCUGAUGGAGUGGGGUGCCUCUGGGCGCUUACUGGGGGAGCUAAAGAGCUUUAUAACACUUGACAGAGCAGGACAGAGGCUAGACCCAAGUGGGGGCUGAAGGCUGAGAAAGGAGGCCUGCCAUGAGGGGGUUGACAGGAGCCUGUCCUGAGGGGGCUGAAAGGAGCCGGUCCCUAGGGGGCCAGAAGGAGCCUGCCCUCGGGGUUGAGAGGACCCUGUCCUCAGGGGGCCGCAAGGGGCAUGUCCCUAGGGGGCCAAGAGGAGCCCUGUAUGGCCGAGAGGUGCUGAUAGAGCUGUCCCGCACUGAAAAAGGGAGACUGCCUGCAUGCUUCCUGGUUGUGAUCCCGAGUUAUAACCUGUUACUUCCAUAAUAAUAAUAAACCCCAUAAUCGUGAGUAUUGUCUGUGAGUUAUCAAACCUAGCAGAGAAGUAGAAAGUGCCGUGGGGGGGACUGCUGGUGUCAAAAUUGGUAAAGAGAUUGGAGAGAGAAGGUAUGUCUGACCUCCAGCUCAUAGGAAUCAGCCUUGGGCUGAGGCUGAUCUUGAUUCUCCCCUCGUGAAGUUAGAGGAGGAGGUCUGCCGCCCCCAUUCCAUUUUUUCCAUUUUUACAGAUGUACCACAUUUUGUUUAUUCAGUCAUCAAUUGAUGGGCAUUUGGGUUGUUUUUACUUUUAGCUAUUGUGAAUAACGUUGCUAUGAAUAGUCAUUCAACUUUUUUUUUUGCUGGGUCACAUGGUAAGUCUGUGUUUAACAUUUUGAGGAACUGCCAAGCUCUUUUCCUAAGUGGCUGUACCGUUGUACGUUCCCACAUCUUUCUCCUGUGGAGCGGCUGGUGGGUUUGAAUCACCAAUUUUUUGGUUAGCAGAAGAGUGCUUAACCACUGCACUACCAGGGCUCCUUAUAAGAACAUCAGUCGUAUUGAACUGUGAUCUCUUAUUAACAAAUUAUAUCUGCAAAGACCCUGUUUCUAAAUAAGGUCAGGUACUGGGAGUUAGGACCUUAACAUAUCUUUUUGGGGGACACGGUUCAACCCAUAACAUCUAUUUAAAAAAUGUGAAUGUGUUUUGAAUCAUUAGUUCCAUUUCUUGUUAUUUAUCCUAGAAAAAUUGUCAUACGUGUGCAGGAGACAUACAUAAAGAUAUUCAUGCAACACUGUUUGUAAAAGGGGAAAAAAAAGGAUAACAAGAUGAUGAUAUCAGUUGGGGAAUUGGUAAAAAAAACAUUGUUUAGAAAGUAUCUUUCAGAGUGUGACCUAUUAAUGGUUCAUGAAAUUCAAUUUAGUGGGUUGCAACCAAAAAAGGAUUUACCAGGCUCUGCGGCAGCUGGUUGAGUGCAGAGCUGAGCAGCCGCAGGAGAUGCCUCACGUGUCAGCAUGAGGAGCAGCCAGUGGUGACAUGGAGCAGGCCAGGGACUGCUUACAUCUGAGAAAGACUACAGAGCAGCAGGAGCCAGAGGUGGUAGUCAAAGCCAAAUGUAGAAGGACAGCCUCGCUGAGCAACCAAGAGUGGCAGUUGUACCCAAGGCAAUCCCUGGAGCAGCAAGUGCCUGUGAUGGAUUUCCAGGUACAACUGAGACAGGCAUUCUUGGCGGAGACCCCAAGAGGCGGUUAAAGCUGCAUUGGAACAUUGAGGAAGCUGAUUGCAACAGAAAACCAGGCUCUAGCUAUUGUUUGAAGCGUCUGCCCAGCUUGCAUUGUUUUUAGGAGCACCUGCUUCAUACCUUUA